AUGUGGUUAGAGACACACUGGAAGAACAUCCGCCAAGUCUUGUUGCUGCUUUUCACUGCUGCGCUUCUCAUUGGGGUCACCAUGCUGGCCAUUUCAUCUAACAUCAAUCCAAUAGGCUAUUUCUUCCUAGGGGUAGGGGGAGUGUGCCUGGUCGGCUAUUUGCUGAGCAUGUUUGUCGAGUGUUACUUGAGGAAUCAGCACCCACAGGACACGAACGAGAUUUCUCCAAGCAGACAAAGCCAAGCAGGGGUGAAUGCUGCCUAUGAAGCGCCCACCUAUGAGGAGGUGAUGACCAUGUCAGUUCCGGCAAUAUGGACAAUUGCAUCCAAUCCAGGCUUAGUUCCCUCCCCCCUGACUGAGCCUCCCCCUUACAACGUAGUUAUUGAAUCCUCUGCCCAAGAGGAGAUUGUGGUGGAGGCUCUCAGGGUGUCCGUGCCAUCAGACACGAGGCGCGUCUCGGAGACAGACGCAGGCUCUAGGAUGCAGCUGCAGCUGGUGCUGCCCCCAAGGCUGCAGCGGUUUGUUUCAGACAUCCAUGAAGUCAAAGGUAUUGAAGACAGGCCUGAGCCAUUGGAGCCACUCACUCCACCACCUGCUUAUGAGAGCGCCGUCAGCGAUGAGGUCUUUGAAGAUGCUUUCCAGCCCUCCAUAUUAUGA